AUGGCUGAUCAAUGUAUUGUCUGUCUAGAAAAUCUAGACGUUCAAUCGUCAUCCUCGCCGUCGCAAUUGUAUAUACCUUUAGAAGGUGAUGUGCCGCCGAGCUCCUCGUCCCCCAUAAAAACGUCCGAAGUUACAAAUGCUCUGGCACGAUUAUCACCGGGGUCUCCACUAGGAAGCACAUCUAGCGCUGCCCACCAAAACGAUGAAGAACAUAAAAUCGCCGUCAUUCAAGUUUGUGGACAUGCUUUACAUGAUGCUUGUUUACGAGAAUGGACUGGAAAGGCGAACAGCUGUCCGAUUUGUCGCCAAGCAUUCUACUUGGUGCAUGUCUAUGAUAAAGUUGGAGGUACCCAAUUAUCCUCUUAUAAAGUAGAAGAUAAGAAGCAAGUUGUCGAAUUCGAUCCGCAAGCAUGGCUUGACGACAAUCCCGAAGUAGAAGAGGCAACGAGGCCGUGUCCCAUCUGCGAUCGAACCGAUCACGAAGAUGUGCUCCUGCUCUGUGACAACUGCGAUGCACCAUAUCAUACAUAUUGUGUAGGCCUCGAAAGCGUGCCUCGAGGGCACUGGUUCUGCUUAGAAUGCAUAGACACUGGCGCAGAUUUUCUGGCCACCGAGCUCCAAGAUGCGGACUUCACAGAAGUUAGCCUUUCCGACGGCAAUUCUAAUUUUUUGCCACGGACUCAGGCUAGCAUGCGACGGGCCAGGCAGCAAGCCCGUUCAAACGAGUGGCAGGGCGCAUGGGGUCAAAUUGCAGGUCGGGUUUGGGACGCGUUAAACCUCGAUCUGGACAAUCAUGAUGACGAUGAAGCUAUGCGCAACUUCCGACGAUCACAGCAGCGAUUGGAAAGAGAGCAACGCGAGCAUCAGCGAUGGCAACAGCGUUUCAAUAUCGCCAGCCGCCUUGGAGCCCACGAUGUGUUCGUAAAUAACAUAUCGAAUAUAGUAGUGCCCGUGCAGCGGCCCCCACCGCCACCUCCUCCUCAGGAGACGGCGGAAGAGAAGCAGGCCUGGGGUGCGCUGGAGAAGGCUAUGGAGGCCACCAAUCCUAAUCGUCCGACAUCGAGUCACAGAAAGCGAAAGUCUCGUUCCGUGACUGCGUCUCCAAUUGAACCGCCCCAGCAACCAGAACGUAAGCUAAAACGACCUCGAACAAGAAGAGCUCCCACCAUAGGAGAAGCCUCAUCGUCUAGUCGCCCCUCUAUACAAACCAACCAACCUAUAUUAGAUGGGCCGAAUUCAAAUCCCACGUCUGCCCAAUUUAGUAAUGGCGAGGCCCCUUCAUUCCUCUCUUCUUUGUUAAAGGAAGUUGAAAUGAGUGCGCCAUCUGACGACGAGAAUGUCCGUCCACUCUUCACAUUUUCGAAACCAAUACCGGACCCAUCAUCACCGGCUUCAUCUCCUUCCCCGUCAGCUUUCAGCAGUCCUCGAGCUCUAUCGACUACGCCCCCGCCACGUGCGAUUAACGAUCGCCCGGGCUCGCCCCUGUCCCUCAGCUCACAUAUCGAACCGAUCUAUCCACCUACGAAUUUCUUGGCAAACCGAGGUAAUGGGGAUCAUAGCGAUUCAGAUUCGGGAUCCCGCUUGCGGACACAUCGGCCUCAGAACAAUAGGGCAAGCGGUAGUUGUCCCGAAAUUCGGCAGCCUCGGCCUCAACGACAACGACCGACACCCACUAAUGGGUAUCUAUCACGGUCGCAAGAUACUAGUCCAACACGUGGAGCAUUGCCAUUUGAGAUGAAGGAGAGCAUAAGUGGGAUCGUUAAGGACGCCCUCAAACCUCACUGGAAAUCCGGGCAUAUUACGGCGGAUCAGUACGCCUCUAUUAAUCGUGAUCUGAGCCAUAAGCUGUAUAAGGAGGUUUCGGAGGAUUCUCUUAACGAGGAUGCUCGGCAACGCUUCGAGAAGAUUGCAACUAAGGAGGUAGCAAAGGCGAUCGCAGAUCUCAAGGCGUAA